AGGUGGGUGGUUGGUUGUUUCUCUCGCCUCCUUUUGACAUCCUCUUUCCCUCUCACAUCUCACAACCUCUCGCAAUCCUUCAUCGUCACUCCUUGAUCUUAGAAGCCAUGAGUUUAAUUUUGGUUUUUGGUGGGUGAAAUCUCGACUCAAGGAGGUUUGCAUCCAUGGUUAGUGGUGGUGGUGGUCGGAGGUGUUUUUUCCGGUGAUGGAACACAAGAGGGGGAUGAGGUGUGGGGAGCAAUUACACAACAAAAACAUACAUUGGGGAUUAUCUAAGUUAAAAAAGAGAGUUAAGGAGGAAGCUCACAAAUUACCCAAACGAGAUGGACCAUUCUGCGGAGUAAAGAUUGAGGAGACGAUGAGGAAGACGACGUUCAAGGGAGCGAAUGUGUUCAUGUCUAGGGAUUUAGUGCCGCCUGAGAUAUUCGAUUCUCUUCAUGACGUUUUGAACGACAAUGGAGCUGAGAUCUUCCUUUGUUGUGAUCCUUCCAGAAAUGGACCUGAUGAUUACCACAUUAUCUCCUCUCGAGAUCAUGAAAAGUUCAAUGAUCUACUCCAGAAAGGUUGUAAUUUGCUUGGUCCUAAAUGUGUUUUGUCGUGUGUAAAAGAACAUAGAGUGUUUCCAAAACAAGGAUUUACAUGUUGUAUUCCUAUGGAUGGAGUCAAGAUACUGGCAUCUGGCUUUCAAAUGGAGCAAAAGGAUGAGAUUAACAAGUUAGUGACUUCUAUGGGAGGUUCAUUACAAACUAAAGCAUCAUCAGACAUUACCUUUGUCAUUGUGAAGAACGUAUUAGCUGCAAAAUACAAAUGGGCUUUGAACAAUUUGAAGAAACCAAUUGUCACCGAGAAUUGGCUACAUCAAUGCUGGAAAGAGCAUCGUAUUGUUUCUAGUGACCCAUACAGAGUUCUACCAUUUUAUGGGUUGACAAUUAGCAUCACCCAAGUGCCUUUAGAUGAGCGUAAGGAGAUAGAAAAACUUAUCCUACAAAACGGGGGGAAAUAUUGUGCUCGACUCACAAGAAAGACAACUCAUUUAGUGACAAAUACAAUGCUGCGAAAAGAUGGGGUCACAUUCGUAUUGUUUCUAGAACAUGGUUCAACCACUCUAUUGUUAGAAGAGCAUGUUUGGAUGAGAAGUCAUAUCCUGUCGAGAGAAGCCAAGUCACAUCCAUGAAUAGUAAAAAGACUUUUUUAAAGAAGAAAGGUAGCCAAAAGAAGGUUAUAAGAAAUUCACGGGGUGCUCCGAUUUCCAUGACCUAUCAAGAUAUUUCAUGUGAUGAGGCGGCAGAUGCUGACGUGGAAGCAACUCUCUCGCUGAGUAUGGCUGAUAAGUUCUUAGAUAUUCUUCGUAUAAAUAGUGAGAAGACAACUCCUACUAUACAACCUACAAGCUCUAUGGACAUUGAUGGUUGAGUUGUUGAGAAUUUUUUUUUUCACAUUGUGAUUUUAAUUCAAUGUUUACAUUCCAUAUGCUAUUUAUUGGGACUCAUAUGACAGUUAGCUGUUUAGUUAAACUGUGUCGUUUCUUAUUUGUACAGAGUUAGGGCAUUCACAAU